AUGCCAACGGUAGAACGGCGCGUCGAAAGACGCUUAAAACAGCGCAUACACCAAAGCUACCACUGGCCUGAAAUCCAGCUGAAUGUCUGGUUGAUAGUCGUCCUAGCAGGCUCAGCAACAUGUCUCGGGAUCUUUGCCUGGUUUAUGGUUGUGCAAACACAAAUGAACCUAGCUUACACUAACAAUCCUACCGCUAGGCUCUUCCCAUUCAUGGUCGUGACAAGUGCUCUGGGCGUCUUCUUCGUCUUCCUAGUCCUAACCCUAAUCGCGCGCCACUUCCUUCUACCAGGCAUUCUGAUUCUGGGCAGCUUCAUUCUCUUUGUGCUAUGGUUGACCGGUCUUAUUGAGACUGCAUUGCAACUCUAUAGUAUCAAGGGCAAUGUCAAUGAUAAUUGCCAGAUCUAUGUUGUGGAGAAUGUAUCGCGGGGGAAUAAUAUCGAUACGUUGGCUUGGUUGACGCAGAGCACAAUCUGUAAUUGCUGGAAAACUGCAUUCGCUUUUGAGAUUCUCAAUACAGUCUUUUAUGUUUGGAUGAUGGUUAUGUCUUGGCAGGUUCAUCGGGACUUUUAUCAUUGA